UACACGUGCGGCAAAUCCAAUUCUUAAAAACGUAAAUGCUACUAUAGCAAGUGCACGUCGCGCUGGCGUACCAGUCAUAUUUUCACAACAUGGUCAUCCUGAUCCUGAGAAUGAAGUCAAAACAUCUGUUAUAGUUAAAUGGUGGGGUGCGUCAGGAUCUAUAAAGAAAGGUUCAUUCGAUGCACAACUUUUACCUAAUCUUGAUGUAGCACCGGAUGAAGUUAUACUUGAUGAAAAAACGACGUAUGAUACAUUCUAUAAAACACGAUUGAAAUCUUUAUUAGAUAAAGAAAAUGUUGAUACAGUAAUUAUAUCUGGUGUUUUAACUCAAUUCUGUUGUGAAACAACAGCACGUUCAGCAUUUGUUCAAAACUAUGAUAUUAUCUUUUUAUCGGAUGGUACGGGACCACCCUAUAAACCGACAUUAGACACAAUAGCUCAUGGUUUUGGAAAAGUAAUAACAUGUGCUCAAAUGCGUGAAAGACUUGAUGAAAUUGCUAAAGACCGAAAUAAAUAA